CUCAAAGAUGCCACCAAGGCGUUGUCCGUUCACUUCUCCGGACCGAAAACUCCGCUGUCACUGCCUUCCGAGAGCCGGCGCAUGCUGCAAUCCUUCAUCGAUGAACACGCGGGACGAAUCGCACAUGACGAGACCGCAGGGGCGAAUCAGGAGCUCAGGCAGUUCUGGGAGAGAUACGUGAGCGGGAAUUCGCAGAAAUACGGUGCAUUCAUUGGAGCGUUGAAAGAGCUGAGAUUGGCUAUUGUUACGGACGAGGAUCUACUGGAGUGGUAUUAUGAUGCCGCGAAGCCAGUCUUGACAGGGACCUCCUUCAACAAGCAAGCGGAGGAAGAUGCGCAGGGUUUUGUGGCCAGUUUGUUGAUCUACGACGAGGCGGAGGAGAACGCACAAGUAUGUGCGAGGACCUCGCAGGAGAUAUGCGGCGAUCUACUGAGGGUGUAUCUUGCUCGCACAAGAGGCGUGGCCGAAGACGACGGGUUCGUCGCACCGGAGAAUGCGCAAGUCGCACAGCAAGUCGAGACCGUGUUGGUGACCUUUGGGAAGAAGAUGCCGAAGCAUUUGUUCCACCAUCUCGACGAUCUAAUUCAGAAAGCGGACACUCGUCUCCAAGGCCUGACACUUCUCAGCUCGUUUCUGCGACACCAAGCGCCGCACCUAUACACGGUCAUCCAUACGCCUUUGGUCGAUCACUUGCUGAAGUGCUUGAUGAAUGACACCUCUACGACGAUUCUGUCAGUCGCAAUCACAUGUCUGAUCAUGUUGUUGCCACAUAUUCCCGGUUCAUUGGGCUCUCGACUUUCACGACUGUUUCUCAUAUACAGCAGAUUGCUAUGCUGGGAACGAUUCUCUGCCCUGAGUUCGACGUCGCAAAAGAAUCUGGUUACCGAUAGUCGCUACCCGAUGGAGGAUGACUCCUCACCGGAUAGGGACAACGGAGAUGUUGGGAUCGAUGCCAAUUGGGAAAAGGCUCGACCGAGCGAAGGAGAGAUUCAAGCAACGACACCGGAGCUGAUGACUUACUAUACAUACCUGUACGGAUUGUAUCCCUUACACUUCAUGAGCUACAUCCGCAAACCUCGCCGGUAUCUCAAGAAUGUCGAAUUCCCAGGCGCCGACGAAUUUGAUCUGGAUCAAGCUGUGAUCAGAAGCAGAAGCGAUCAAUUCCGGCAGGUGCAUCUGCUUCAUCCCAACUUUUACAACAUGACAAUGGAAGAAGAGUUGAUCGAUCCAAAGUGGCCGAAGAUGGACGCCGCAGAUGUCGUAGCUGAAUGUCACAGUCUCGCUACCAAUCCAAGACCAUCAUACAUCGGUCCAGGGCCACCACCAGCUUGUAAGCUGCCCGAAUUACCUACUCUCGCAACUGUUGACACGGACAAAUCACGACAUUCGUCGAUGCUUGAUGACUUUCCGAUGCCCACUGCAAGUCUUGGUAGUCUUUAUGCGGCAUCUGAAAAGCCGGCCAAUCCCUCUACCAAUCUCUCUUAUCUCCAGAGAGAGCUUACACUGCUCAAGAACGAUCUCAACUUCGAACGAUGGCACAAGUCUCAAUAUUCGCAGCACAUUGGUCAGCUGAUGCGCAAGAACAUCAAAGAUGCGACCGUGGAAGCCGAGACUCUCAAUCUGAUCAACGCAAAUCGAGCGCUAAAGCAGCAACUGGAACAGGUUCGUAAUGCGCGCGAGGCGACGAUCAAGGAUAGCAAUCUCACCCGGAAGCAAGCGAGCAAUCUUGAGAGUCAUAUGACUGAGCGAUUCAACAAGAUGAAGAGGGAGCAGGAGAUUUGGGCUGCCGAUGCAGACGAGCUUCGUAGACUACGCAUUGAGAUGAAGCACUACCGAGACCUACUCUCCGCCGCGGAGGCGCGCGAGCUGAACAAAUCUCACAAGCUUGAAAUGAUCCAGCGAGAAUUGGGUCAAUUGGAGCAGCUUCAGUCGCAGUUACAAGAAGCCCGUACAAGGGUGCGUGAGAUGGAGUACAAGGAGUUUGAGUUUGAGCAGGCGAAACGAGAAGUGGACAUCUUGAAGAGCGAGAAGGACACGCUCCAGAUGAAGUUGGAACGACAAGAAAUCGAUCGCGAAAGGGCAAAACGAGUCUACGCAGACAGAGUCACAGAGUUGGAGGUCCAGGCCAGCCGGCCCAGUUCCGUGAUGUCGCCACGGGAGGUCAGCUCCGAAUCAGUUGCCGCGAGUUCCCCGGCGUAUCUCGCUCUCCAGCAAGCCCUUGCCGAAGCACAAGGUAGACUCGUUGCGUUGAAGAAAGCGCACACCCGCCUCCUCGAACGGCACACCGACCUCGAGCUCGACUAUCAAUCUCUGCAGAGCCAA